AUGUCGUUCCAUUUUGUCAUUGUACAAGGAUUUAUAGCAGUGAUAUUUUUUGUGACAUGUAUGUCGGUUCUCUUCCAUUGCACAACAAGACUUGGAUACGAGGAUAGUCUAUCGUCUUCUGUUAAGUACCGGAAUAGGUAUCUCGACACAAAUAAAUUUAAUUACACUGGGGAGUGUGGCGAUGUUUUGAACUUCAGUUCCAGCAAUGAACGAGACUUUGUCAUUGGUUCUCACGACAUGUUUGAGAAGUGUUUUAAACCACAAACGUGGGAAGUGUUAAAGAUGGCUCGGAGGUCGAUGCCAAAAGCGCGCAUUGUGACAAUUUUAUAUAACUUUGUGCCACACAACUGCCCAAUUGACAUCAGAAAUUUUGAAUUUUACAACAUCGAGUACGUGAAUGCAACAAAAAAAGACACUGAAAAUGCCGUUGCGAUGAGGUACAUUUCGUACAACAAAUACAUAUCAAAACAUAUUGAAAUUAUGGAUCGUGUUGUUCUGGUCGAUUUGAUGGAUGUUUUGUUCUUCACAGACUUUUUCAAAACGUUUGGCGUUGACAACAUUGGGUGGAUGAAAGAGUGCUUGAGCUUCAAGAACGAGUCGGUGUGUUACGGGCCAAGUUCAUUCCCGCCACAUGGCGACUGGAUUGAAAAGUUCUUUACUAAGGGUAUUAGAAAACAGUUUGAAGACAACAAAUGGCCAGCUUUGAAUGGAGGGUUUGGGUAUGGGGGUGCUCUUAAAAUGAAAAGAAUGAUGGAUUUGUAUGUUCAACACAUGGACUUGCAACACAUGGAAUGGGGGUAUGAUCAAGCUCUUCUCAAUGUACUUUACUAUAAUGGAACCUUUAAAGAACUGGGGUUGGAGACCGUUGGGUGUCAACAAAAACUGUGUUAUCAAGGAAAGUUUGAUUAUAAGGUCAAAAACAGAGUCAUUUACUUUGCAAAUACCAAAUGUUCGCCUAUUGCGGCCCACAAACUGAGAGUGAAAGCUUUGGGAUGGAAAGUGGGAUAA